AUGUGGCUGCUGCUGUCGCCUCUGCUGCCUCCGCUCUGGGCAGCCCUGACUCACAUGCCCUACAUCCUCAUCCCAGGGACCCUGGAGUCCAGCCACCCCAGGAACCUGACCUGUUCUGUGUCCUGGGCCUGUGAGUGGGGGACCCCCCCAGUUUUCUCCUGUAUAUCAGCUGCCCUCACUUUUCUGGGCCCCAGGGCCAUCUGUUCCUCAGUGCUCACUCUUACCACAAGGCCCCAGGACCACAGCACCAAGGUCACCCAUCAGGUGAGCCCUGAAGCUGGAGUGACCACAGAAAGAACCAUCCAGCUCAAUGUCUCCUAUGUUCCACAGAACCCAACAAUCGAUGUCUUUCUAAGAGACAGCCCAGGUAGGGAGGAACGUCCCUUCAUGGAGCUGUUAUUGGUGUCGGGUCUGUGCCAGGUUUGGUCAGACCUGAACUUUCAGAGCGAAUGGCUGGAGGGGAGGCCUUCACUUAGACACCAGUAG